AUGUCCCAUAAGUAUGCUUUGGACGUUGUAUUAGAAACAUUUGAUGCUCUAAUUAUAACAUUAGAAGAAAUUCGUGGACAAGAAGGUCAACAUGAUCGACGAGCUGGAUCUGAUGCUGGUGGUUUAUUAAAUUACUUUUCUACCAAACGAUUUCUUCUCACAGCUUUCUUAUUUAAAAGCAUUUUUGAUAUCAUUGAACCAACAUCAUUAAUUCUACAAAGCCCCGAUAUGGAUAUUUUAGCAGCAGUUUUAUUAAUUGAAAAAAACAUUCAGCAAAUUAAUAAAUUACGUUCAGAUGAAUCGUUUGAAGAGUUUUUAAUAGAAACAAAUAAUUUUGAAAAAUCUUUGACUAAUGUAGAGUCAUUUAAUGAUGAUAUAAAACGCAUAAGGAAAAAGAAGAAAAUGCAAGGAGAAAAUGCAACUGACGAUCCCAUAACAGAUCCUUUAAGAUUCUUUAAAACAGCAACAUUCUAUACAGCAAUUGAUUGUACAGUAACACAACUAAAAGAACGGUUUUUGGGAAAUAAUAAGUCAAAAAAUGACCAAACAAUGGGAUUACUUAAAGAUAUAUCUUUACUAUCAAGGAAGCGAAUCAAAGAAGUUCAAAAUAAACAUACAUCAUUACCUGAAGACGCAUUUACUGUAUUAUGUGAUAUAUAUAAAUCAUUUGUUGACAAAGAUUCAAUAUGCAAAGAAUAUAUUCAAUUUUGUUCUAUCAUUGACCAAUUAGAAUUAACUAAUAAUCUACCAUCUAAUUUACAUAAUCAAGAGAACAACAACGCUAAUUUAAUAGAUGAAAAUACAUCUUCUGAAUCUGAAUGCGUUGAAUCAGAACCUGAAGAACAAUAUACCCGUGAACCAACGUCUCCUACUGAUUCUAAAAUAACCAAAAAUCAUGCAUCAUUGCUUCCAAUUUUUAAGAUAUUUUGUACAAAUGGUAUGAAACCUAUAUUUCCAAAUUUGUAUAUGGGUUUCAAAAUUGCACUUACUUUGCCAGUUGGAAGUGUACAAACAGAAAGAUCUUUUUCAAAAUUGAAAAUAAUAAAAAAUAGACUUCGAUCAACAAUGGCUAAUGACCGAUUAGAGUCAUUGAUGAUUAUAUCAUGUGAACACGAUAUAGAUGUAGAUUAUGAUUAUGUUAUUAAUAAAUUUAAACAAUCAAGCCCUCUUUUAAUGACAUCACUUACACUAUGA